AUGAGCACUCAUGACCUGGCGCAGACUCACUGCAAUACUGUGCAGCAUGCCACGAAACAACAGCUUGAGCAUCCUGGCCUCGAUACUACCUCACCACAGGAGGAACGGGCUGUUCAUUCGGCCGUGCGACGAACAAGGCGGCGGAGAGUCAAGAAGUGGAAUCCCGGCAAACGCUUCAGCAUGAGAGAGGCUUUCGUUGACGGAACCGCCCUGCUACGAAAAGCGGCCAGGCUUGCGAGGUUCGACGACAUUGCUGUAGACUUGUGCUUUUGGGACCUGGGCUGCUCGUCAUGGGUUGGUGUGGAGCCUCGACCUUCUGGCGCGAUAAGCCGCAACAUUAGAGAGUUCGAGGGUGGGAGUGGGAUCGAGGAUGGGAGAGCGAUAUUCCGAAAAUGGUUGCGCUCUCUACAUAAUGGAAUCGCCAAAUACGUCGAAGCAUAUGGUGUCCCUUGUCGGUUCAAAUGUUUCGACCCUUUCAAGGAACAAUGGCUUGUCACCAUCGGGGCGCCCGCCGGCUGGCUCAUGGAUUCUCAGGAUUGGGAACGCGCAGUGAGUAUAGACCUGAAAUGGAACACCAAACCUCACAGCUGCUUACGAAGCCUAAACAGUGUGAAAGUCGCUUGUCCCGUGAAGCAAGAUGGAAAGCGCAACACGUAUCGGGAGGUGGCCGACCCAAUAUCUCGACUAGUUCUCAAGGUGUAA